AUGGUGGCGCGCGGGGUCCGGGGCCCCGGCUGGGGGCUGCUGCUGGCGCUGGCGCUGGCUCUGGCCGGGCUGCCGCGGGCGCGCGGCGUCGAGGAGGAACCAGGCGCUCACAACUCGAUCGAGGGUUUCCAGGUGGUCACCUUCAAGUGGCACCACGUCCAGGACCCGUACAUCAUCGCCCUCUGGAUCCUGGUGGCCAGCUUGGCCAAGAUCGCGUUCCACCUGUCGCACAAGGUCACCAGCGUGGUCCCCGAGAGUGCGCUGCUCAUCGUGCUGGGUCUGGUGCUGGGCGGCAUCGUCUGGGCGGCCGACCACAUCGCCUCCUUCACGCUCACGCCCACCGUCUUCUUCUUCUACCUGCUGCCCCCCAUCGUGCUGGACGCAGGCUACUUCAUGCCCAACCGCCUCUUCUUCGGCAACCUGGGCACCAUCCUGCUCUACGCCGUCAUCGGCACCGUGUGGAACGCCGCCACCACGGGCCUGUCCCUCUACGGGGUCUUCCUCAGCGGGCUGAUGGGGGACCUGCAGAUCGGCCUGCUAGACUUCCUGCUGUUUGGUAGCCUGAUCGCGGCCGUGGACCCCGUGGCCGUGCUGGCCGUGUUUGAGGAGGUGCAUGUCAACGAGGUGCUCUUCAUCAUCGUCUUUGGGGAGUCGCUGCUCAACGACGCCGUCACUGUGGUCCUGUACAACGUGUUUGAAUCCUUUGUGACGCUGGGCGGUGACAAGGUGACAGGCGUGGACUGUGUGAAGGGGAUAGUGUCCUUCUUCGUGGUGAGCCUGGGGGGCACGCUGGUGGGCGUCCUCUUCGCCUUCCUGCUGUCCCUGGUGACACGCUUCACGAAGCACGUACGUAUCAUCGAGCCUGGCUUCGUCUUCGUCAUCUCCUACCUCUCCUACCUCACCUCCGAGAUGCUGUCCCUGUCGGCCAUCCUGGCGAUCACGUUCUGUGGCAUCUGCUGCCAGAAGUAUGUGAAGGCCAACAUCUCCGAGCAGUCGGCCACCACGGUGCGCUACACCAUGAAGAUGCUGGCCAGCGGGGCUGAGACUAUCAUCUUCAUGUUCCUGGGCAUCUCCGCCGUGGACCCGCUUAUCUGGACCUGGAACACGGCCUUUGUGCUCCUCACACUGGUCUUCAUCUCCGUGUACCGGGCCAUUGGCGUGGUCUUGCAGACGUGGGUGCUGAACAGGUACCGGAUGGUGCAGCUGGAGCUGAUCGACCAGGUGGUCAUGUCCUAUGGCGGCCUGCGGGGGGCCGUGGCCUACGCCCUGGUGGUGCUCCUGGACGAGAAGAAGGUCAAAGAGAAGAACCUCUUUGUCAGCACCACCAUCAUCGUGGUCUUCUUCACCGUCAUUUUCCAGGGCCUGACCAUCAAGCCCCUGGUGCAGUGGCUGAAGGUGAAGAGGAGCGAGCACCGUGAGCCCAAGCUCAAUGAGAAGCUGCACGGCCGGGCCUUUGAUCACAUCCUCUCAGCCAUCGAGGACAUCUCGGGCCAGAUAGGACACAAUUACCUCAGAGACAAGUGGUCCAACUUUGACCGGAAGUUCCUCAGCAAAGUCCUCAUGAGACGCUCAGCCCAGAAGUCCCGAGACCGGAUCCUGAACGUCUUCCACGAGCUCAACCUGAAGGACGCCAUCAGCUACGUGGCUGAGGGCGAACGCCGAGGAUCCCUGGCCUUCAUCCGCUCGCCCAGCACAGACAACAUGGUCAACGUAGACUUCAGCACGCCCCGGCCCUCCACUGUUGAGGCCUCUGUCUCCUACCUGCUACGAGAGAACGUCAGUGAGGUCUGCCUGGACAUGCAGUCGCUGGAGCAGCGGCGGCGAAGCAUCCGCGACACGGAGGACAUGGUCACCCACCACACGCUGCAGCAGUACCUGUACAAGCCGCGGCAGGAGUACAAGCACCUGUACAGUCGGCACGAGCUCACGCCGACCGACGAUGAGAAGCAGGACAAGGAGAUCUUCCACCGGACCAUGCGGAAACGCCUGGAGUCCUUUAAGUCUACCAAGCUGGGCAUCAACCAGAACAAGAAGGCAGCCAAGCUCUACAAGCGGGAGCGAGCGCAGAAACGGAGAAACAGCAGCAUUCCCAACGGCAAGCUGCCCCUGGAGAGCCCCCUGCACAACUUCACCAUCAAGGAGCGAGAUGACCUGGAGUUCUCCGACCCCGAGGAGACCCAGGAGGACAGGAGCGGCGGGAUAGAGUUCCUGGCCAACGUCACCAGGGACACCAUGGCAGACUCCAGCGCAGGUGUUGACAACCCUGUGUUCUCUCCGGAGGAGGACGCGGGCGUCCUGGCCAGGGUGCCGCCGUGGCUGUCUCCCGGGGACACCGUGGUGCCCUCCCAGCGGGCGCGGGUGCAGAUUCCCUGUUCGCCUGACCACUUCCGCCGCUUGUCCCCCAUCCGGCUCAGCACCAAGUCUACGGGUGGCGACCCCGAGCCUGAGGAGGCGCCGCGCGCCAGGCCGCCGGAGUCCACGCACAUGUGACACGGGAUCCGACGUGCCGCUGACUGGUCAUUCCUCCCCGCGCGAAGAGC